CAACUCGCCAGGCCUUCAUCGCGAGAAUCGCCGGGCCAAGAAGCCUAGGGCAUGGCUUCGGUGGCUGGUGCGUCUUUGGCUCUAGGCUCGUCCUUCUCUGCAGCAGACCGGUUGCCUGAGACUGAGAAGAACUCCGGGGAGCCCGAAAACACCUAUAUUCUAAGGCCCAUUUUCCAGCAAAGGUUCAGACCCUCUGUGGUUAAAGACUGUAUCCAUGCUGUGCUCAAGGAAGAACUGGCAAAUGCUGAAUACUCUCCAGAAGAAAUGCCUCAGCUCACAAAACAUUUAUCAGAAAAUAUUAAAGAUAAAUUAAAAGAAAUGGGAUUUGACCGAUAUAAAAUGGUGGUACAAGUAGUGAUUGGAGAACAAAGAGGUGAAGGAGUAUUUAUGGCUGCUCGCUGUUUCUGGGAUGCCGACACUGACAACUACACUCAUGAUGUUUUCAUGAAUAAGAUGGAUGCACAGAGUUCAGCCAAAGUCAACACAAGGAAGAGGAGGAAAGAGGUACCUGGACCCAAUGGGGCAACAGAGGAAGAUGGGAUUCCUUCUAAAAUGCCACGCUGUGCAGUUGGCUUACGGCAGCCAGCUCCUUUUUCUGAUGAAAUUGAAGUAGACUUUAGUAAACCCUAUGUCAGGGUAACUAUGGAAGAAGCCAGCAGAGGAACUCCUUGUGAGCGACCUGUAAGAGUUUAUGCAGAUGGAAUAUUUGACUUAUUUCAUUCUGGUCAUGCCCGGGCUCUGAUGCAAGCAAAGAACCUUUUCCCUAAUACAUACCUCAUUGUGGGAGUUUGCAGCGAUGAGCUAACACACAACUUCAAAGGCUUCACAGUGAUGAAUGAAAAUGAGCGCUACGAUGCAGUGCAGCACUGCCGCUAUGUGGAUGAGGUGGUGAGGAAUGCCCCCUGGACCCUGACUCCAGAGUUCCUGGCAGAACACCGGAUUGAUUUUGUAGCCCAUGAUGACAUCCCUUAUUCCUCUGCUGGAAGCGAUGAUGUUUAUAAGCACAUCAAGGAAGCAGGCAUGUUUGCUCCAACACAGAGGACAGAAGGUAUCUCCACAUCAGACAUCAUCACCCGAAUUGUCCGGGACUAUGAUGUAUAUGCCAGACGGAACCUACAGAGGGGCUACACGGCAAAGGAGCUCAAUGUCAGCUUUAUCAACGAGAAGAAAUACCACUUGCAGGAACGGGUUGACAAAGUAAAGAAGAAAGUGAAAGAUGUGGAAGAAAAGUCAAAAGAAUUUGUUCAGAAGGUAGAGGAAAAAAGCAUUGACCUCAUUCAGAAAUGGGAGGAGAAAUCCCGAGAAUUCAUUGGAAAUUUCCUGGAAAUGUUUGGUCCAGAAGGAGCACUGAAACAUAUGCUGAAAGAGGGGAAAGGCCGGAUGCUGCAGGCCAUCAGUCCAAAGCAGAGUCCCAGCAGCAGCCCUACUCGUGAACGCUCCCCCUCACCCUCUUUCCGAUGGCCCUUCUCCGGCAAGACUUCCCCUCCUUCCUCCCCAACAAACCUCUCCAGGCACAAGGCUGCAGCCUAUGAUAUCAGUGAGGAUGAAGAAGACUAAUUUUUCUUCCCUCCUUUCCUCUCCCCUCCCCGCGUCCUAUCACCUUCAGAAGCUCUCUGUUGAAUUCUAAAUUGUGGUCCCAACAAUAAACCUAAAGACAGCUACAAAGGAAAGACAAUUAGGGCAACAGGACCUCAGAUGGGGGGAGCAGACAGCCCAUCCUCCAAGAGACAUCACCUACUCACACCAAGAAGGCGGCUGAUUACAUCUUAGAAGCCUGUUCCACAUCCGUGUACCCUCCCCAUGGACUUUGCUUUACUGUUUAUGUUCAUGUGAUCUUGACAGGGAAAUUGUCGUUUUUAUUAAUUUUUAAAAAAAUCAGUCUUUCAACUAGAGUAAAUAUAACUAAUUCUUUUGCCCCUCAGGAGUGGGCAGAAGGAGGUGGUGUAAUCCCCAGAGGCCUUUUCUUCCUGAUACACUAUAGGGUUUGCCUUCUGUUCUGAGGCAAACUGGCUGGCCAAGUCCUUCAAGCAGUGACCAUGCCGAUGGGUGACUUUGGGGUUGGGGGGAUGGGAAGGGUAUAGUUUUGGUUUCCUUAAAAAAAUGCUAAAAGCUGGGUAAUGGUCACACAUCCCCUAAAGGUAUGGCUGGCACAUGUGUCAGGGUGGCUGUGAGAAGGAGGAGAUCUAAGCCUGACUUUUCUUACUCCCUGAGGAGUUUCCUGUUGGACCCAAUGGGGUCCCUGAUGACACCGAUGGCAUCAGCUGUGGCUUUUCUGCUGUGUUCGUCUUCUCAGAAAAUUCUGUUGCUUGGUUAUCUGGAAGCUCUUGUCAAUCUCUUUCCUGUAAUCUACUGUUAAAGGAAGGAACACUUUCAGGUUUACUGUGAUUGUGGAGAGGAGUAGGACAAUACUCAAUCCAAUACAAAAUCAUUUUAGAUUCCAUUUCCCCCUCCAAGUCCCCAGUCCAGCUAUUCCUAUUUCUAUGCUUAUUACCUAGCUUUUUAGAAAGGGUACUUUGUAAAUGUCUGCAGUUUGAACAUGAUCUGUUACUCCAUGCUGCUCACAUCAGAUUGAAUAUUUAGAGAGAUUUACACAGAGAAUAGAUGUAAAGGUAUAAGGGAAUGUCUACCUUCCUAUCUUGACCUCUGCCCUUUUUAAGAAUGUUCUUGACUGGAACCAGCGUUCCAUGUAGUGUUUGUUUUGCUCUGAGAGUGGCAGCUGGCAGGGACUUCUUUUCCUCCACUGCCCCUUCCAGCAAGCCACAAAGCAAGGGUUCACAUUACAAGGAUAUCCUAGGCUCUCCCCUUCUCUCCCACCUGGCCCCACCUCCCCUGCUAGGUUGCCCUGGGGGAUUCAUCACUUAAACUUCACAGGGUAGAAUGCUGAAGCUUAACACUUGCUGUUGGACGUGAGCUCAUUUUAAACCUCCAGCAGCCUUCAGCUACGCGUGACUUAGCAGACCGUCGUCAUCCUUUCGUGACCCUGUAGCUGGGUUCAGGGGAGGACUGCUUAUGUCCAGGCCCCACCCCGUCACUCAUAAAUGCCCCUUGUAGGGGUGGAGUUUUAGUGUUUUCAGCUAAGAAAACCACAUUUUCUCUUGCCCAUUCUAGGGCUGUGAGCAUCUCAGUCAUCUCCCUUAACACUUCCUGGUAAAACCUGCCUGCCUGCACACUAGGACUACCUAGGUUCUUAAAACCGAGGAUCACCCAGAGGCAGAGCAUGGCAGAGUAGAGGGACAGAGAGGGGGAACCUCUUGUCCUGAUGACCUGUGAAAACUACAUUUCUAUCUCUUCUCAUGAAGUGCUAUUUUACUAUCAAAUCUGGUUUACACGAGCUUUGGCUUGGAAUCCUUUUUUUUUUUUUAAACAGGUGAAGUUAAUAUUUGCCUACAUUACCCAGCUUCAUGUGAUCACGUUUUAACUUUUCUGCUCUAAUCUUCCUUCUGUGGGAAUCCUGCCUAUUUCCUCCUUAUUCUCCCUGGUACAGAAAAGCAAUGAAGUCACCUCUGAAGCCCACAUACUUGUUCCCUCAAACUACACAUUAUGCUGUAUAUUUUGAAAGGGAGAUGCCCAAAAGGUGGUUUUCCUCCCUGUAGUCACUCCUCUCAAGGAUAUCGUCUGGGUCUCCGCUCUUUGGGCCCUGCCCCGCUGCUCUGUCAGUGGGCGGCAUUUGGCGUACCUCGCCCUUGGAGUGGGACCUCCACACUGAGAGCUCUGUGAGACGACUAGUGCCGGCAUGUGCACACAUUCUUGGAAAACGCCAGACGCUUUUUGGUUUGUGAGCCUCUACAGCUUCAGUCUCCUAACACUAGUAUAUUCCAAUAAUUUUGACUGAAAGCAAAAACUUUUAUGGCGUGGCAUGUUUGAUACGUUGGGAUAAAUGUGGUCCUAGGUGCUGGUUAAGGAUGGGUGGGUGGAAGAAGCUGUUGGGAUGAUGCAUUGUUUGAUCAUUUAUUUGUGCCUAAUCAAAUGGGGUUAGUGGUUUGCAUACCACAGCCAUACCUGUGACUUGUAAAUCUUCUAAUAUUAAUGUUUGAGGUUGUAGAACUAGUUCUCUGAAUGCCACACGCAAAGCUGUCAGCCUGAAUAGGCCAAAUGUGGCAGACAUGGCAGAUCUUUAAAAGCUGGUUGGCCCCAGAGUCUCUGUGUGCAAGACGGAAGGAGAAUGGAGAAGGAAGCCCUACUCCUGGUGCCAAGGAGAUGCCAUUUCAGUAGUUCCCUUGAGAGGAGAUAAGUGGGAAGUUUGAUUUUUUUCAUAUACUAGACUCAGUAGCACUGACAAAUAGAGGCUGAAACUUUAGAGGAAUAGAAAUGGCUCAUUUGUACUGCUGCAGCUGCUUCUGAUAGCUGUAGUCAAAGACCAUUAUUUUUCUGAGACCUGGGUAAAAAAUUUGGGAAUGUGAGGAGGUUGAAAAUCCCGAAAAGGAGAAAAAAUAUGAGUGCAGUCAAGAGAAAUUUUGACCUUUUCUGACCACUGGAUAGCUUUUUAGGCAGCACCUGAGUUACAAUUUUAAAAUUUUACUUGUGACCACGCAGCUGGUUAUGCAGUUUCUGGGGAUUCCCUCUAUAAUAAUUCUUCACAGUGCUUUUGUUACUCGCUUUCGGCAUUAUUUUGAUUUGUGGGUAACUUCUUAUUUUUCUGGAGCUUAUUGCCUUUUUAAUCCUGUUCCAGAUCUCAUAUUUAAAAUCUUUCCAAAUAAAUUAUACUGUCCUGAUUUUCUUUAAUUCCCUAAAAGCCAUAGCUCCUACAUUUUCGUCAGCACACACUCUUACCAGAAGUUGAACAAAUACAUGCAGGAAAAAAACAAAAACCAAAAAACCCAAAACCCUCCUUUAACAAUAAUUUUAACUAAUGGUAUUUUUUAAGCUUACCAAUAUAAGUAUUUUUGAAGGUUAUAUAUAAUUUUCAAAGUCUUAUGAUGACGAUUCGUGUUUUCUCUUGUAGAAUAGAUUGUCAUGGGAUAGAGAGUGGUCCCUAGCCUAGUUUCUAUCUACCCACAUAAGUAGAGCAUGUUCUUGGGAUUAUACUAUUGUUAAUUUUUUUAAAAGACGAAAGAUUUUCUGUCUGCCAAACUUAGUACUCAGAUGGGAUAGAAAAGUGCGAGGCUUAACAUUAAGGAUUACUCAGGUUGAGUUCCUUUAAGUUUGAAGUGGGAUUUCCCACUCUCUUCUAGAGGCAUUGACUGUUUUGAACACAGAGACUUGAUUGGUUGGAUUUUUUUUUUUUUUUAUAUUGAGGAACCUGAAAAACAAUAGUCUUGUAAAGAAAU